AUGUGCGAUUUUACCGAAUCUACUAUUGUCGCGGACAAUGAGGAUAUGGCAAUCUUUGUGUCUGAAGACUUCGCUUCAGUCAAGUCCGACAUCGCGCGCUUCGGCUCGAUGAUGUACGAGGUGAUCACCGGAAAGCAAUUCAAAUUCUAUGUUAUCCCCGACAUCGAGACCGACCUAGUCGAUGAUCCAGUGUCCAAGACAUAUAAAACCUGGCCGACCGAUGACAAACUCCCAAAUACGAACCCUUUAUUCCUUGGGGAUAUCAUCAAGCGAUGCUGGUCCCGGAAAGGAUUCCUCACAAUGCAGGAAGUUUGCCACGCCCUAGAUAGUUCCGGUCACAAAAAGCCAACGGAUAUUCUUACGGAAGGUUAG